AUGGCUGGGGUACUGAAUGCCACGCUAGUAAUAGACACGGCUCAGCAAAUGGCCAAGGGACAGAAGAAGGAGAUCCAAGAGCACAGUCUAGUGCAGAGUGUGGCUAACGAGCAGCAGACUCGACGUUCUCUGUUGGUUGUUGUCAUUUUAGCUGAUGGAAUGGAUGUUUGCGGCUAUCAAUGCAUUCCCACGGCAGGCGCGUGGACGGGUAAUGUGUUAAAGUCGGUGCCGGACAAAGUGACGCUGCAGCCGAUUGCGACAUCGAAGCAUUACUAUGAACUAGAGGAUUGUCUAGCAGAGUUUGAUCGCGACUGGACAAAGUGCCAGGAACAAGUCAAGAAACUGAAGCAAUGCAACGAUCGGGUUACCAAGUUACGUCAAGCACAAGACGCUGCCACUAAUAGCCAUGGUAACCACUAA